AUGCGCAUCACCAUCAGAGCAGCAUCCGCCCUCACCAGCUACCUGUCUUACAGGGCCAUCUACUGCUGCUUUGCUGAGUGCUGCCGUGAGGAGCAGCUGCUCAACACGUCAGCCCUCAAGCUGGAUUUGGAGGAUAAACUGUUUGGACAGCAUGUGGCCACAGAAGUGAUUCUCAAGGCACUGACUUGCUUCAGGAACAACAAAAAUCCCAAGAAACCACUGACCUCUUCCUUACAUGGUGGAGUUGGCACAGGCAAGAAUUUUGUUAGCCAAAUUGUAGCUGAAAAUCUUCACCCAAAAGUCCUGAAGAGGAACUUUGUCCAUCUGUUUGUGUCAACUCUGCACUUCCAUCAUGAGCAGAAGAUAAAACUAUACAGAGCUAGAACCCAAAUCUCCCAACUACAUGCUAAUGUGAGUGCUUGUGCAAACCCUGUUUUUAUAUUUGACAAGAUGGAUAAAUUUUACCCUGGUAUCACUGAUGCAAUCAAGCCAUUUCUAGACUACUAAGAGCAUGUGGAUGGAGUGUCUUACCACAAAGCCAUCUUCAUCUUCCUCAAUAA